CCAAACAUUAGCAAGGAAAACAUAAGAGCAUUGAGAUUUGAGGAAGAUGCCGUCGUCGUCUCCUCCUGCACUGCUUCAUUCCAGCGACGCUGAGGGGCUGCGAAAUUACACCAAGUUCCACCCGAGCAUCUGGGGUGAUUUCUUCCUGACAUACCAGCCGCCAACAGCACCUCAGAGUGAAAGCAUGAAAGAACGGGCUGGCGUGUUAAGAGAAAAGGUUAGGGAAAUACUAAAGAGCCCAAAAGAGUUACCAGAGACAUUGAACCUUAUAAUCACAUUGCAACGACUUGGACUGGAUAGCUACUACGAGAGCGAGAUAGACGAGCUGUUGCACGGUGUUUACAACUCGGAUUGUUACGAUGAAAAGGACCUGAAUUUAGUUUCACUAAGGUUUUACCUUCUGCGGAAGAAUGGUUACAAUGUGUCAUCAGAUGUAUUUCUAAAAUUUAUAACAAAAGACGGAAACUUUGUUGAUGCUGAUACAAGGAGUUUGCUAAGCCUAUAUAAUGCAGCUUAUUUGCGGACACGUGAUGAAAAAGUACUUGAUGAAGCAAUCUCUUACACUACAUGUCGCCUCCAAGAUGCCCUUCAAUAUUUAAAAUCACCAUUGGCAACGGAGGUGUCUUCUUCCCUUGAUAUACCUCUUUUUAAAAAGGUUGGAAUCAUAGAGGCAAGAAACUACAUACCCAUUUAUGAAAAGGAGUCUACAAGAAAUGAAGUCGUAUUGAAGUUUGCAAAAUUGAAUUUUAACCUUCAGCAACUUGAUUUCUGUCAAGAAAUAAAAGAAUGCAUGAUGUGGUGGAAGGAUAUCCAUGCCAAAUCCAAGUUGAGUUUUGUUCGAGAUAGAAUUGUUGAACUGUAUUUCUGGAUGAACAAUGCUUGCUAUUAUCCAACAUGCUCUCUUUCUCGAAUUGUACUUACGAAGACCACAGCCAUUGUUACAAUACUUGAUGAUAUAUUUGACACAUAUGGCACCAAUGAAGAGUGUAUGCAAAUUGCUGAGGCCAUUUACAGGUGGGACGAAAGUGCAGUACAUCUGCUGCCUGAAUACGUGAAGGGUUUCUACUUAUGUCUACUGGAGACAUUUAUAUCAUUUGAGGAUGAGUUAGGACCAGAGAAAAGCUACCUUGUGUUUUACCUAAAAGAAAGGAUGAAGCAUUUAGUUCAUCUAUACUGCAAAGAACUAAAAUGGCGUGAAGAAAAUUAUGUGCCAUCAAUGAGCGAGCACCUUCAAGUAACAAUGGAAAGCGUUGGAUCCGCUGCGCUAACAUGUGCUGCAUUUGUUGGAAUGGGGGACAUAAUAACAAAGGAGGUCUUCGAGUGGAUUUUGAGCUACCCGCAAUUUUUCAAGUCUUUUGCUAUAUUUGUACGGCUCGCUAAUGAUCUUGUAUCAACUCAGCGUGAGCAAACAGGGGACCAUAGCCCCUCCAGUAUCCAGUGUUACAUGAAGGAGCACGGAACAACAAUGCAAGAUGCAUAUAAAAAGAUAAAACAACUCAGUGAAGAUUCAUGGAAGGAUAUGAUACAAGGAUCCCUCGUGCUGGAAGAUCAACCAAAGGUCGUGCCACGAACAGUGCUCGACUUAUCAAGAACUGCAGUUUACAUGUACAAGCAAUGCGACGCAUUUACUACUUCGGAAAUACUCCAAGAAAUGAUAAAGCUACUCUUCGUGGAGCCAAUACCAGAAUGAAGCUUGCCCAGUGGUGCCGUGGUGGUAUGUACAACCAUAUAAGCAAACUAUGGGCUAUAUUGUACUUAGUACAAAUGAAAUAAUAACCAGUCAUGUUUGAGACCAUGGUGAUGUACCUAAAUAAUGGAAGUCAGGACAGAACCAUAAAGUAAGUAUUGUCAUUAGCUCAAAUAAACGUAUUGUGUGCACCCAGCGGUUGGUCGCGGAUGCUGUUGGGAAAUAAAAAUAUGUAACUAUCAAGUGUAUUGUGUUGUGCUGUAUUAUCGAGUAAUAUAUAAGACUGUUUCUGAACA